CGUGCUGCUUAAGUGAGUCGCGUAAAAAUGAUGCGUCUGAUAUCUAAAUAUCUGUUAGCAGCUGGAUAUGGCGGCGCUGCUACGAGGACUACGAGUUGGAAGGGCCCUGCGGGGUUUUGGCAGCGUGGUAGUUCCAAAAACAUCCAGUCCCCAAUGCAAUGGCCUGAGACGAGGCUUCCACUGUGCUGCACUUCGUCUUCAGGAGGACAAGGACAAGUCCAUCCCUGUCCCCCCAUCCUCUGCUGCAUCCUCAACUACAACCUACCACGAGCAUUACCGAGCCCCUCCAUCUAAAAACAACACCGCCACAUAUAUGCAUGAAGCGCCUGCACCCGAGGCUGCUGCAUCUGAAGCUGCUGCAAAGGAGGCUCCGCAGCCCAACACUAGUUAUGCAGACCAGAGUGGAGAACAAGGAGAAGAGUAUGAAACAGAGGAGCAACUGCAAGCACACAUCCUUAACGCUGCACUGGACUUUGUCCAACUACAUGGUUGGACUCUUGAGGCCAUUUCAGCAGGAGCUGAGACACUGGGCCUCUCAGCAGCCUCCAGUGGAAUGUUCCAGAAUGGAGCAGGGGACCUGGUUUUGCACUUCAUUGCUCAGUGCAAUGCCCAGCUGACAGAGCAAAUGGCAGAACAGCACAACCAGGUCCAACUUGGUCAGGCUGAACCAAAGAAAACUGCUGAGUUUCUUAGAGAUGCUGUGGAGACUAGAUUGAGGAUGUUGAUGCCAUACAUCGAUAAUUGGCCACAGGCUAUGAGUAUCCUGCUCCUCCCACACAACAUCCCAGACAGUCUGAAGCACCUCUCCACCCUGGUGGAUGAUAUCUGGUACUAUGCUGGAGACCGUUCCACAGAUGUGAGUCGACCUUCUCAGCCUAAGUACCCCUCUCCCCAUGUCUUCCUCACCCCCUUUCAUCAGGCACCUCAUACUAUCCGACCAGCCUCUGCGAAGUUGAACUGGUAUACGAAACGGGCCGCACUGACAGGGAUCUAUAACACCACUGAGCUGGUGAUGAUACAGGACUCCUCAGAAGACUUCCAGGACACCUGGAACUUCCUUGAAAACCGAAUCCAGGAUAUUGUCAACAUGGCUGGCGCGGCCAAACAGGUGGCAUCUACAGGAGAAGCAGUGGCGCAGGGGCUUAUGGGAGCUGCUGUUACGCUGAAGAAUCUAACAGGGAUUAACCAAAGACGAUGAAAAAAAGAUGUCUAUUUCUGUUCCACCAUCCCCUUCCCUUCCCCUCUGAUCUCUGCCAGUCAGUGGUUUGUGUGUGAGGCAUUGAAGAUCAGCUUCUGUGCUCACAGCUCAGACAUUUCUUCUCUUAUCUGUAAUACCCUAUCGUGUUGGUUUGUUUUAUUGCUUAGUCGCCUUUAUCCACUAUACAAAUAUAAUUGUGCCUUAGGUCUGGUAUGAGGUUUCACUUUCAUCCAGUUUGAAACGGUUUUCCCUCACAUCUACUUCCUAUCCAUUUUCCUUUUGUAUAAAGGAUGCAAAAAUAUGAUUGUAUUUUAAAUGUUUUUGUUAGGCUCCAUUGAGAGUUCCUAAAUAAAUUACAGAUCAGUUACAACAAAACAA